UUCCACAUCUACUAGAAGAAUGUCUGGGUAUGAGAGAGCUGAAGCAAAUCCAUGCUUCUGCUAUUACCCACGGUCUUGCUCGAUUCGCCUAUAUCGCUAGCAAAAUUCUGGCUUUCUGUGCUAAAUCAGAACACAAGGAUUUGCCCUAUGCGGAGACGCUUUUCAAUCACAUGAUGACGCCCAAUGUCUUUGAUUGUAAUUCUAUGAUAAUGGGUUUCUCGAGUAAUUCAGACUUCGACAAGGUUUUCUCUAUUUUCAACCGAAUGCCUGGACUUGGCACACGUCCUAAUGCUCGAACUUUCACUUUUGUGGUCAAAUCAUGCGUUUCUUUGUCUUUACUUGAACAGGUUCAUACUCAGAUAGUAAAGUUGGGGAAUUUCUCUGAUGUUCAUGUUGUUAGCUCUUUGUUAAAUAUGUAUUCUAAACAAGGAGCAAUUCAAGGUGCUCGCAAAUUGUUUGAUGAAAGUCCUCAUAAAAAUGUGGUUUGCUGGACCAGCCUUAUCAGUGGUUAUUGUGACAAUGGUUUGGUCAAUGAAGCUCGGAAUUUAUUUGACGCAAUUCCUCAAAGAAAUGAUGUUUCCUAUAGUGCAAUGGUAUCUGGAUACGUCAAGAAUGCUUUCUUCAAUGAGGGAAUUGAGCUCUUUCGCGAGAUAAAGAAUUCCGGAAAUCUGAAGCCGAAUAAGUCUCUUUUAGUGAGUGUUCUUACUGCCUGUGCGGCUGUAGGUGCCUUUGAAGAUGGUAAAUGGAUUCACUCUUACAUUGUUGAAAAUGGUUUUGAAUAUGAACUUGAAAUUGGUACUGCAUUGAUUGAUUUCUUUGCAAAAUGCGGAUGCGUUCAAGAAGCAGAAUGUAUAUUUAGUAAUCUGUCGGAGAAAGAUGUUACUACUUGGAGUGUUAUGAUCUUGGGUUUGGGGAUUAAUGGAAGGAACCAGCAGGCACUUGAUCUCUUCACGCAGAUGGAAACGAUUGGACCCAAACCAAAUGCCGUGACUUUCGUUGGUGUUCUUAAUGCUUGCAAUCACAAAUUUCUGUUGGAUGAAGCAUGGAGAUUAUUUGGGCGUAUGUAUAAAGUUUAUGGCAUAUUACCAUCCAUUGAGCACUACGGAUGCAUGGUUGAUCUGUUGGCCCGAGCUAGACGAACUAAAGAGGCUGAAGUACUGAUAAAAACCAUGCCAAUGAAACCUGAUGGAGCUAUAUGGGGGUCAAUUCUCAAUGGGUGUCUGAUACAUGGUGAUACUGAGUUGGGGCUGAGAGUUGGGAAGCUCUUGAUUAAAUUAGAGCCUCAACAUAGUGGGAGAUACGUCCUUCUGGCAAACAUGUAUGCCGGCAUGGGUAAAUGGGAGAGUGUUUCUGAGAUGAGGAAAAUGAUGAAAGACCGAGGAGUACUACCAAUCUCUGCUUGGAGUUUCAUAGAGAUUGAUCAAAUUGUCCACAGAUUUGUUGUUGAUGAUAAGUCUCAUUCUUGUUUAGGGGAUAUCUAUAGUGUUUUGAGUCUAUUGGGAAAGGAACUUGAGGAUUUUUGUGUUGCAGAGGAUGCAAGUUUUAUUUAAAAUAUCAAUGUCUUUUGGGCAAAAAGUUUCAGACUGGAAAUUCACAUGCCUGCAAGACAUGUCCAGGGCAAACUUUAAAAUUUUCUCCUUGGAGACAAAGGCUCAAUCCUUCAAAGAGUUAACAUGUCUUGUGGUUUGUGAAUUCAGCAAUGAGGUUGGCUUCUGAGCACGGUAAAAAUCCAUUCUUUGUUUGGACUGUAAAGACGGUGUUUGAGAUCAGCAUGUCCACGUUGAGCCAAAUGGAUCAGCAAAGUCAAAAUAAAAAGGAGGACUCCUUUGUCUAUGUUUUAUU